AUGGCGAAUCUUAAAUCCCUCAUCUUCCUGGCUGCCGUUUCAGCGGUACGCGCUACUAUCAGCCCUGGUAGUCUCGUCACCAUCUCUACUGCUGUCGAUGCUACCAGUGGCGCUGCUUGGUGGGAUCCUCUGGAUGAAUACGGCGGCUAUGAUUGGCUUGCAUAUCUGAGGAAUCCGCCUGGUGGUGCUGUUGCUGAUAAUAAUGUCAUGGUUGCGCGUCGCUCUAUCUCAGAUGGCACUGUCUCUCGCGACUGUGUCAGAGACUCAGACGGAGAGUGUGCUGUCUUUGCAGAUGAUCUUGGACACAACACUCCCAGUAUCAGCGUUGAUGGCGAUGGUUAUGUCCAUGUUUUCACGAGCAUGCACAACGAGCCAUGGAAGUACUUCCGCUCGUCUCAGCCAUACAGCAGCACUCUCGUCAACGCCAGCUCUGAUAUGCCCGAUCAGAGUGUCCUCAUCACAUACCCUGUUAUCAAGCGUGAUGCCGAUGGAAACUUAUGGCUGAUCGUCCGAGGACAAGCAUCUGGUGAUGGCUCUGCACGAGGAGGUUACUUCUACAAGUACACGACGAGCAGCAAGACGUGGGCCCGUGUCAGCCUCUGGGCGUAUAACAAAGGGUACUCUGUGUAUCCUGAUGACAUUGCCUUUUCAUCUGAUGGAGAUGUUCAUGUUCAGUGGGAAUGGAGCAAGUAUCCCGCGUCUGCUGUGCGCCACCAGGGAAGCUAUGUCCGGUAUCGCCCAUCCACCAACUCCUUCUCCUCCGCCUCUGGAUCUACCGUUUCGACACCCAUCACCCAAAACACCGCGGAUAUCGUGUAUCAGCCUCUGACUUCAGGCGAGACCUACAGCGGCGACAUCAACGCUUCACCUGGCCCAGCCUUCCAAAGCGCAAAGAUGGCACUAUACGAGCGCCCCACUGGUACCGUUCACAUCCAGAGUGCCUAUCGCUUCAAGACCUCGACUAGCGGAACAUGGCAAGUCCGCCGUGCAACAGCCACAUAUGGCACAUCGAAUCCUUGGACGCGUGAGAUUCUGUAUAGCGACAGUGAGACUAGCGCUGGUAUUGGUAUCACUCAUGACGGAACAACUGCUCGCAUCUACUACAGUCGCUCUUCGGCCAGUGCCUUUGUCCUGGAGAAUGUUGGUGGGGCUGGCUGGACCAAUACUGCUAUUGAGCCGGCUGUCGGUAAGAAGGUACAGCGUCUUCAGGCCUUGAUGAGGAGUGAUGGAACGGAUGUUUUGUAUCUGGGUUCCCCGACGAAUGUCAACUCGACUACCGGAAGCUUGUAUCUCUUGACUGUUGGUGGCAGGACUUAG